CGAAAUUGCGCUAGGCAUAACGCGUGCGGUGAGGUACUGCCUAGCGCCGAAUCGGUUAACCGGGGAUUACGCGGAGAUUAAUCGGGGAUUAAUUAUAAGGCUUUUAUACGAUUUCAAAGGAUAUAUAUUAAAUUUGGGAACAUAUCACCGUGUUGAAUUCUGGUCUAGUGGUUUACUUAGUCAUUCAUUGACUUGGGGUUCGCCAGUUCAAACUCACGUUAGUACGGUUUGGCCAUUUUUUUCACUUUUAGGGUUAAUAAGUAGAAUGACCGAACAGCCCUCGUCUUCAACCUUUGUUAUCUAAAUCUGCAGCCGUUUUACGUUUUAUUUUUUUGACGAUUUCAAGGUUUUCUCUCCUUAAUCUUUUAAGCUUUACUCAAAAUACACCAGAUCUCUAACAUAGUAUGCUAUUUUGAAAUUGAAAUCUUCUAAAUCGUGAACUUUUGACAAAUCCCGAGUAAUAGACCGAACAUGGUCAACUCGCCACGGUUGAUGGCCGUAACAUGGGUUGAAACUAAUUAAGGAUCAUACGGUGCUGUAUUAAGGGGUCGACACUUGCCCCAUGAAAUUAUCAAAACUUCAUUUAAUUUAUUUAUCAUUUAAUUUAUUUGACCCACUAGCAAAUAUUUAUCGGCCCCCUCUACUUCCAAAUCAUAAUCACAGCGUUAAACUCGAGCUCAAAAACUAUAUCUACGUAUCUUAACAUGUUUACCAGAAAAAAAAUAUUUCUACGUAUACAAAAAUGCAAUCAAAAUUAUAACUAAUAUUGUAUGUCAGCUAAAAUAAUGGGCAUGAUAGUAGUGAACGUUCUAAAACAUAAAUCUCAAAAGUAGUUGUCUAUUCUUUUAUUUUACUAAGUAUUUUUAUAACUGAAAAAUAGCAUUUAUAUAAUACUUGACCAAAUUGAAAAUACUAAUUAUAUUAAAAAAAUACAAGAUAUAAUAACAAACUGAUCAUAGAUUUUACGUUGAGUUUACGUUAAUAUAGUGAUUCCAAAUUGGCUGUGAUUGUCUUCUUUGUUUACGUUAAACAAUUAUUAUCUCAACGUAAACGAACAUGCAACCAAAUUAUAAUACUACAUUAUUAUAAGUAAGCUAAAAUGAUGACGAGAAACGAUGAGUUCCUACAACCCUAUAAAUUCUGAGGUGAAGAGAAGUUAAAAAUCACCAACUAAACACUUAGUUACAUGAGAGACCAAAAUCCAACAAAAAUGGAAAUAAUUUUAAUGCUCUCUUUGUGCUUAACGACCCUCUUAGCCCUUCUCUUGCUCAAAUCAAUCCUUAAACGAACCGCCACCAAAGUGAACGUACCACCAUCUCCAUGGCGACUUCCCGUGAUAGGAAACCUCCAUCAGGUCGGACUCCACCCUCACCGUUCCCUCCAAUCCCUCAGCUUCCGGUAUGGACCACUCAUGCUCCUUCAUUUUGGCCGUGUCCCAGUACUCGUCGUCUCUUCUGGUGAAGUAGCUUAUGAGGUUAUGAAAACACACGAUCUUAAAUUUGCCAACCGCCCGAGAUCAAAAGCUGUUCACAGGAUUAUGAAUGGUGGGCGUGAUGUAGUAUUUGCUCCCUAUGGAGAGUAUUGGAGACAGAUGAAGAGUGUAUGCAUUCUGAAUUUACUCACCAACAAAAUGGUUGGGUCCUUUGAGAAAGUAAGAGAAGAAGAGGUAAAUGCAAUGAUUGAGAAGCUGGAGAAAGCAAGUCGGUCUUCUUCAUCAGAAAAUCUGAGCGAGCUCUUUAUUACUGUACCAAGUGAUGUUACGAGUAGAGUUGCCCUUGGAAGAAAACAUAGUGAUGACGAAACUGCGAGGGAUCUCAAGAAUCGAGUGAGGCAGAUCAUGGAGCUGCUAGGCGAGUUUCCGAUAGGGGAAUAUGUCCCAUCCUUGGCAUGGAUAGAUAGAAUCCGUGGAUUCAAUGAUAAAGUGGAGGAAGUGAGUCGCGGGUUUAGCGAUCUUAUGGACAAAGUGGUGCAAGAACAUCUAGAAGCUGGUAAAAAGAAAGUGGAUUUCGUCGAUAUAUUGUUAGCAAUCGAAGGAGAGAUGAGUAAUGGAUUCCAGGUUCAAAGAAACGACAUAAAAUUUAUAAUUUUGGAUAUGUUUAUAGGAGGAACGUCAACAACUUCGACUCUACUAGAAUGGACCAUGACGGAACUGAUUAGGCAUCCCGAAUGUAUGAAGAAACUCCAAGACGAGAUCCGGUCAAGUUCUAUACCGAAUAGUUCAUACAUAAAAGAAGAAAAAGUUGAGAAGAUGAAAUACUUAAAAGCCGUGAUUAAAGAGGUGCUCAGGUUGCAUCCUUCUCUUCCACUAAUACUUCCUAGAGUUUUGAGUGAAGAUGUUAAGUUAAUGGAAUAUAACAUAGCCGCAGGGACAGAGGUGAUAAUAAAUGCUUGGGCAAUCCAAAGAGAUACUGCGAUAUGGGGACUAGAAGCAGAAGAAUUUAAACCAGAAAGACACUUAGAUUCACCUACUGAUUAUCGUGGAAAAGAUUUAAACUACAUUCCAUUCGGAUCAGGGAGAAGGAUUUGUCCCGGGAUAGGAUUCGCUUUGGGUUUGGCAGAAGUGGCAGUGGCCAAUCUUGUAGGCCGAUUUGACUGGAGGGUAGGGUUUCGACCAAAGGGAGAUCAAUCUGAUAUAGCUGAAGCCGUUGGUAUCGAUGUUUGCCGCAAGUUCCCUCUGAUUGCAUUUCCAUCUUCGGUUGUGUGAGAUGCUCUUGAUCAGCUAGUUAUGUAAUAUUAAUAAGAAGAGUUGUAAUAGGAAAACAACUCUGUACUCACAAAAGCUAUCCACAGUUAUUAUAAGUUGUUACUUUCUUCUGUUUUAUAAACGUUAUAUUAUAAGCUUUUUUUUUGUAAACUACAUUUUGUAUACAUAUUAAUAAAGUUUAUACAACUCUUAAUAUACCUUUUUAAGAUUAAAUUAUUAGUCGAAACAUUAUACGAAUUUUGCAUUUAAAUAGUAUUAAGAAACAUAUCUAUAACCGCGCUAUUAGUAAAACAGAACAUAAAGAUACAUUGAAUGGUCUUGUUUGCGGUAAAAGCCUUUUUCCAUGACAUAAUUUAUUGAAAUCAGGAGAUACUCGUAAGGUAGUAACUAUUAGAAAAAAAAAGAAAAAGAAAUAAUAAAAAAGAAUGACAAAAAUCUCCCAAAUGAGAUGUUUUUAGAUAUUCUUAAGAAAUUUAGUUUGCCAGUAGUUUGUUUCUAAGUGGUUUAAUGUUUAAAAAUUAAAACAUAAUUCAACAAUUCAAUCAUGUUACAAAAUGAAUAUUUUGAGUUGAGCAGAACUCUUUUUGGGAACCUCUACCGAUAAGGGUGCUCUUAUGUUAUAUAUAAAAAUAGUUUGUGUUUAUCCUUUUCAUUUUUGACAAACUUUUUACCUAAUAUAAAAACUGUUUGACCAAAAAUAUUUAACCAGAAUAAGGAUUAAACAGAAAUAUGAUGUGUUAUAUAUAUGAUUGACUAAAACUAAAACGGUACUAAUUAGUAAAUCUGAAUACAUAACUUAGAAAUAAAAGAAUUUGUUACAUAAUUUUGUUGCAGUUUGUUACAAAAAAGUCUGUUUUGAAUUUGUAGCAGUAUGAACAACAAAAAAAUCGUAAUAGUUAAAAACUACUGACUCACGUUCAGUCACCAUAAACAAAAACUAUUCAAUUUAUCCAAGUUCGUAAAAUUUUUGUGACAAUACAUUAGGUCACAAUAUUGUAACAGUUUGUAACAACUAUCAAUUUGGUCACAAUAUUGUCAUUAAUUAUGACAAAAGUUGGCUACAAUUUAAAUAGUCACAAUGUUUGUCACGAAACAACUACUUAUCUGUGACAUAAAAAUGUCGUUACUAUAUCGUAUCAAUAAUGUAACAGAUCUGUGACCAAAAUGAUUAGUAUCAAAAUUUAAUCACAAUAUCUUUAUUUUCUCGUAGUGCUAUUGACGAAGCGGAAACUUUAUAUAAUAGAAUUAGAGAUCCGUUGAUUCUGAGAAUAUUCAGAAAAUUAGAAUAAUUACAAGGUUAUUCGUUUAGUCUUAAAGUCCGCGAAUAAACCAAGUUUUCUUAAAUUCGUUGAGAUCACCGAUCUAUCGAAAACAAGUAAUAAAGAGAAAACUUUUAAUUUUUAUUAAUUAAUCAAAAACUGAAUAAAGCAUAUAUAUAUAUAUGAAAACAUAAAAACUAUGAAAACCCUAAUCUUAAUUAAAAUAAAAAAAAACUAAAAUAAAGAUAAUAAAAAUAAAUGGUAAUUAUCCUAAUUCUACGCUGCAUCAGCUAUGCACCCAAUAAACUCAUUUCUUAUAUAUACCUCACAUUUGAAUCAUAUAUAUUAAUUUACUAAAAUUUGCUGUAAGUGGUCCUACGAGUUAGAGAGGCGACAAAAAGGAUGAGCAGAAGGAAGAUAAGAUUGUAUUACACACACAUAUAUAUUUAUAUGUGUAUAUAUAUAAUGACAGAAAUCUUGUGUACACAAUGUAAUAUUAUUAUUUCAUGAUUCAUAAGUAAUAGUCACCGAUACAUAAUAUUAUUACUUAAAUCUAGCUAAGUCUCUCAACACUCCAAAGUCAAAAAUGUUGUUUAUCUAAUAAAUACUAAACCUUGCUUGCGACAUGGAUAAAUACAGGCACGAUCUAGUGCUUCAGCAGCUCAGCUAAGCUUAUAUAUAUUUGUGUUGUGUGUGUUUCUAAGAUAAGAAGCACAAUUACUACUUAUUUAACUGUCAGUGCGGAA